GAAAGCCCACUUAUCUUGACCCAAAAUUCAAAAUCAUGAGUUCGGUCAAAGCUCUCCAAAAAAGUCAAAGACACUAAAUGACAGGUAAACCAAUGAAAGGUUGACAUGUCAAAAAUAUCAGCUUGGUUUUAGGCCCACUUGAUCACAACUCCUCCUACCCCUCUUUAUCUUUUUAAAGAAACCCUAAAUCACCUAUCCCUUUGUUACCUACUUAACCCAAUCCAAUGGUAGAAUUGUGAGGGAAAAAAGAGAGAAACAAUUUUUACCUUAAAAAGAGAAAAAAAAAAAAAAACAAAGGAAAAACACCCAUCUCCUAAAGUCUAAAAAAAUUUACUUUUUCGACAUCUUCAAGAAAAACCCACUUAAAUUUUCACAAUUUUUUUGCUUCGGGGCUGUAAACUAUUUUACUGAAGUGUUUUUGAGAUGAUGGAAAAUUCAGGUUUCCCGGAAAAUAAUACAGUCGCCGACAACGUCAGCUUGGAGAAUGAAGAAGAAGUUACCGUGAAAAACGAAGAGAGUGAACGGAAUUUUCCAGGGAACCGUUGGCCAAGACAAGAGACUUUGGCUUUGUUAAAGAUAAGGUCUGACAUGGAUGUUGCUUUCAGAGACUCUGGUGUCAAGGCUCCUCUCUGGGAAGAAGUUUCCAGGAAAUUGGCCGAGCUUGGAUAUAACAGAAGUGCCAAGAAAUGUAAGGAGAAGUUUGAGAACAUCUAUAAGUACCAUAGGAGAACCAAAGAAGGUCGAUCUGGAAGAUCGAAUGGCAAGAAUUAUCGUUUUUUCGAGCAAUUAGAAGCAUUGGAUCAUCAUCCUUCCUUGCUUCCACCUGCCACCGGACACAUUAAUACCUCAAUACAACCCUUGAGUGUUAUCCAUGAUGCCAUUCCGUGUUCUAUCCGAAACCCGGUUUUGAGUUUCAAUGAGACCUCUGCCUCAACUACUUCUUCAUCGAGUAAGGAAUCGGAUGGGACGAGAAAGAAAAAGAGGAAAUUGACUGAGUUUUUUGAGAGGUUGAUGACGGAAGUGAUGGAGAAGCAAGAAAAUUUGCAGAAGAAAUUUAUUGAGGCUAUAGAGAAGUCUGAACAAGAUAGGAUGGCUAGAGAGGAAGCAUGGAAGAUGCAAGAGUUGGCUAGGAUUAAGAGGGAGCGUGAGCUAUUGGUGCAAGAGAGAUCGAUUGCGGCAGCUAAAGAUGCUGCUGUGCUCGCAUUUCUACAGAAGUUUUCAGAUCAAGCAACGUCAGUGCGAUUGCCUGAGACCCCAUUCCCUGUUGAGAAAAUUGUUGAGAGGCAAGAAAAUAGCAAUGGUAGUGAGAGUUAUAUGCACCUAAGUUCUUCUCGAUGGCCUAAAGAUGAAGUGGAAGCUUUGAUAAGGCUGAGGACUAAUCUUGAUUUGCAAUAUCAAGAAAAUGGACCUAAAGGCCCUCUAUGGGAGGAGAUAUCAAAAGCAAUGAAAAAGCUUGGCUACGAUCGAAGUGCAAAGAGGUGUAAAGAAAAAUGGGAGAAUAUGAACAAGUACUUUAAAAGAGUAAAAGAAAGCAAUAAGAGAAGACCCGAGGAUUCGAAGACAUGUCCUUACUUUCACCAACUAGAUGCUUUAUACAAAGAGAAAACCAAAAGGGGUGAUGGUUCAGUUAUUACUGGUUAUGAAUUAAAGCCUGAGGAGCUUUUGAUGCACAUGAUGAGUGCCCAAGAUGAACGACCGCAUCAAGAAUCAGUGACGGAGGAUGGUGAAAGUGGGAAUGCUGAUCAGAAUCAGGAAGAAAAUGGAAACGCUGAAGAGGAAGAAGGAGAUGCUUAUCAAAUUGUAGCUAAUGAUCCUUCUCCGAUGGCAAUUAUUGGGUGAUUUGAGACAAAUGGUGAGACUUUCUUUUGAGAGCUAAAGUGGGAGUGCCUGAGUUUUGUCAAGUGGGUCAGGGUCCAUAGUGUCGUGUCUGUAUAAUAGAUUGUACGGGGGCAGAUUUCAGUUUUGAGAAGUUUCUUUGAUACAACGUGGGAGGCAUCUGGGUAAAUGGUAUCCAUCCUUAAGUGUAUAUGGUCAUUCGUUUGAAUAAACAUGUGAGGCGGAGGGAGAGAGUGGAAUAAGGGGAGGCUGUGUGUGAUAUAUAGUAUUCCAAAUAUACCUUUUUAAUUUUUUUGGCUUUAGAUUUGUGCAACAAUGGGAAAUGGUUGGUUGAUUGGUUUGUGUUUGUAUCA